CAAUGGCGUGCAGAGUUUGCAAAUUGGUCCCGACUACCGCCUCCCUUUGUUUUAACGUUUCUUUCUGCUCGGGAAUCGUAUGGAGGUCUUUCGCGACGACAAAUAAAGUUUUAGUCGGCGCGUUGUCGAUGCAGGAAUGGAACGUGCGUCUCCAUGAAACGCUGCAAUUAAGCGCCAGCCAGUUUGCAACGAGUCAACCCGGCUAACGUCCUCUAGGUAGCCAGCUAGCGGCGAGCUGCGUUAGCUCGUGUUUUGUUCAUUGACCGAGACAGGUCGGCUAAAAGAAGAGUUGCAGACCGUUGGUCAACAUGACGUCUGCUUCUGCGAAGGUAGGCGAGAUCUUCUCGGCGGCGGGCGCCGCUUUCAGCAAACUGGGCGAGCUGACCAUGCAGCUGCACCCGGUGUCCGACAGCAGCCCCGCGGGGGCCAAAUGGACAGAGACGGAGAUCGAGAUGCUGCGGGUGGCUGUGCGGCGUUUUGGGGAUGAUCUCAACAGCAUCAGCAGCGUGAUUAAAGAUCGCACCGUCGCGCAGAUCAAGAGCACGGUCAAGAGGAAGUUGUACGAGGACAGCAGGGUACCCCUCGCCGUCGAUUCGCUCAAGAAGAGCGUCAAGAAGGUGGCCGCCCCCCCUACUCUGCCCACCGCUGUGCCCGCAUCCUCCCCGCAGGUCGUCGUGGCGACAGGAAUGCAAAGUGCCACCUCCCUGGCCCCGCCCAUCAAGAAGCAGAAAACGGCAGACGUGACGCUGAGCGCCCUCAACGACUCAGACGUCAACAGUGACUUGGUGGACAUGGAUGGACUCGGCAAGAAGCUCAAUUUCGACCAAGAAAAUCUCAACCUGGACUCCAGUCUCAUCAUCAACCCCGGAGACCUCCCGCUGCUCUCUCGCUGACCGGCGCCACCUGCAGGUUCUGAGCUAACGUUUAGUUGGAAGGAAGGAGGAAAAGUCCCUGAAUCACAAUGACAAAAAUUUCAAGUCAGAAUUUCUACCCGCUUUGCCCCUAGUAUCUUCAAACCUGACCACCUUGGCGACUACCACGUAGCUUUCCAAAUUGUCACUUUUCACUCCGCCUGUUUUGACAUGAGCGCACGCACAGCAAUCCUUUCAGCAGACAAUGAGCGACACAAAAUGAUCCAAACUUUGAGUUGCAUAAAAAUAUUUUAUUCCUCACAGACAA